AUGGAGCGGGCUCAAUUCGGUGGAACGUCAAAUGUCAUGAAUAACGAAGUCUCUUAUGGAAAUAUGGGGCCGUUAAGUAGGGCAUCAAUCGAAGAGGAUGAAAGAAGCAAUGACUCGGGAGGUGAAGAACAAUAUAGUGCACCAGUUGAUAGUAUGCAAUUUGUUACCCAAGAUGUCGAAGAUAAUCCGGAAUGGCCUGAUGAGGCUUACGUUAAUAAUGACUACGUUGAGUAUGAAGAACCACCCCCCGACGAGUUUGAAGAUGAUGAGUGGAUUCGUUCUUCCACAGUAAAAGAUAUGUGCAUCGGUGAAAGUUCAACUCGUAGAGGAGAUGAUGACGCCCCCUUUAAAGUUGGUGAUUUAUUCGAGACUAAAGACCAAUUGGUUGAUGCUAUUCGUGAAUACUCUUUCGAAAAGAAUUUCAAGUUCAAGCAAGUUAAAAGCAAUCGCACAAGUUAUGAUGCAAUAUGUUUUAUGAACACACAAAGAACAGGUCUGACCGAGGGAAAUGAAGCUGAUUACUCAUGUCCUUGGAAGUUAUAUGCAUUUGCAGGAAAGAAACACAAUUUUCAAUUUAGGAUCAGUGAAUACUGCGGUGUUCACACAUGUGUCAAUCCAAUAUUAGAGCAAGAUCACAGUGGUGCAUCUGCCUCUUACAUAGCGCGGUUGAUUAUGCCAAAAUUAAGGAAGAAGCUUGAUCUAACGCCCGAUAAUAUAAUUGAGAAAGUGCUUGAUACCAAGUUCAUUAAAAUCUCGUAUAUUAAAGCAUGGAAUGCAAGAAGAAUUGCGAUGACAAAAAUAUUUGGUGAUUGGGACAAGUCUUACGCGACACUAGCUCAAUAUCUUGAUGCGAUCAAAAGAAGUAAUCCUGGAUCUGAAUACAAACUCAUAACCAAAGAGAUCGAUCCGGGAGUUCAUCAAUUCACCUCCGUUUUUUGGGUAUUUGGGCCUUCUAUUGAGGGGUUUAAAUUUUGUCGGCCUAUUCUUAGCAUUGAUGGCACACACUUAUACGGUAAAUACAAGGUUAUGGAGGCGGGUCCAUUGACACGUGAUGUUCUUUAUGACCAAGAGCGCCACCGAUCCGCGAAGAUAGACGCUGGGGAGGCCCCGAGUAUUACUAUUGUCGAUCAUACCCGUGCACAUUCUAGCUGGGAGUUGACGGAUCCACAGAUACAAUAUUAUGUGCGUCAAGCCGGCUUUUUUGAGUGUUCACAAAUUAAAUGGGUAAGACUUGAUUGGGCACUUUUGACGGCAUUGGUUGAACGAUGGAGGCCCGAGACAAAUACUUUCCAUCUGCGCCAAGGAGAGGCGACGAUUACCUUACAGGAUGUUGGGGUUAUACUUGGCCUCAGAGUAGAUGGUGAUGCAGUGACGGGCACCGAUGACUUCCACUAUGGCACUACGUGUGAAGAAUUGUUGGGUCACACUCCUACAAUGAAGGGGGGAAAGAUCAAACUCGAAUGGUUAAGGAAUAACUUUCAGAAUGUACCGAUCGAUGCGACUGAUGAGAUCAUUAAGCGCUAUGCCCGUGCAUAUAUUUUACAUAUGAUCGGUACUAUUCUGUUUCCGGAUUCCACUAAGGAUUCCGUGCACGUGAGAUGGUUACCGCUUCUUGGGGACCUAGAAGAGUGUGGAGAGUUAUCUUGGGGGAGUGCAGUGUUAGCCUACUUGUAUAGAGAGAUGACGAAAAUAGCACUCGUACAAAAUAAAGAAUUGAAGGGCUGCCUCACUUUGCUGCAGAUAUGGUCAUGGGAGCGAUUGCAUAUGGGAACACCUGAUUUGAGGGAGGCCCGCGCUCUCGAUGGGCAUAUUCCGUUAGGCUGCAGAUGGAAUGUGUCCAGAUCUUGGCAAACCUCUCCAAAGGGGCAUGAAAACUUUUACAGAAAUGAGCUUGAUCAGAUGGAGGAUGAACAGGUCAAAUGGAUGCCCUACGAGCUAGUGUUGGAGUCACUACCGGAUAUUUGCCGAGAAGGUGAGGAUGUAUGGCGUGCUCGCGUCCCCCUUAUAUGCUUUGAGAUUGUCGAAAUGCACUUGCCUGACCGUGUGCUUCGACAAUUUGGACUACGGCAACAUAUUCCAGCGCCUGUGGAGAGAAUAGAGAGAGAUCCAAGAAAAGGUGCACAUCGUGCUAAUUGGCAAAUAAUUCGCCAAAAUUACAUCCAUAGGUGGGUUUUAAGGGAGGAACAGGUAGUGAUGGAGAGGGCUGAUGCACCUGACCUAGGUGUGUACCUACGGUGGUAUUGGGGGAUUACUCGCCGGUGGAUAUUUCAGGAAAACAAAGCCCCGAAGGAGUACAUACCAAGAGGCCCAGUCGAGAGAGAGUUGGUACAAGAGCUCGAAGAGCUUUCCGGAAUGGCACAUGACGCAUUGCGCACGACUACCGAGCAGGAGCCGAGGAACAUGUUCCUUCGAAUGAUAAAAAAGAUACGGUCGGCUCUUCAGAGGACGCGUCAUGCAAGCCGUGAUGGACGGGAGGAGCGACCAAUUGAGUAUGGGCGGCGACGUCGACGAGAUCACACGGGGGCGGGAUCAAGCUGUGCGCAUGAUGAAGCUGGCGGCUCACAGCAGACUCAGGCCGAAUGUUCACAGGAGGUUCGAGACGACGCGGAUAACAUGCACUCCCAACUUCACACACAACCGGACGAGGAACUUAUCCGAGCUCACGUCGAAGGAAGUAUGAGUUUUCCAAGUAAAUGUGGGCUGGAAUGGGGUCUGCAAAAUGGUCGGGGUUGGGAACCCCGACCAUUUCGUAAGAGACCUAUUUCGAAAUGGUCGGGGUUCCCAAACCCGACCAUUUUGUCCGUCGUUCAGCCCAGCUAUCGCUGGGCUCUGCUAAAUGGUCGGGGUUGGGAUUUUAUUUACUGA